ACAACAUGAGGACCAGCAGCUUCUUGGUUCUGGCAGUUUUGCUUGUCCUGGGGACCCUGGCAGUGCAGGCAGCUGUCAGUGGAGUUCCUUAUACAGGUCAAGGAGUUGGCAAAGGUCAUGUUCCGGACAAAGAGGUAGUUAAAGGUCAACAUCCAGUCAAAAGGCCUGGUCAAGUCCAAACUCCACAGAGAGGUCACACUAAGCCUGGAGUCUGCCCCAGGGUUCUCAUGAGAUGCGCCAUGCUGAACCCCCCUAAUGCCUGUCUGAGGGACUCUGAGUGCCACGGGGCUAAGAAGUGCUGUAUGGGCUCUUGCGGACGGGCCUGUCUGAAUCCGCAGUGAGGUGGAGCCUGUCCUUGCCGCACCUGUGAAGGCCCCGGGGCUGCAGUCCCAGGUCUCUUGGCAUUUGAACCCCUUUCCCACAUGCUUCAUUCUUCCCCUCUUCAAAGAUGCCCAGGCCCGGGCUGCUUCUCUCACUGACUCUAAUAAAGCCUGCUUUCUGCUCCA